AUGGCACGAGAGAGAUCACCAACUAUGAAGCAGCGGCCAAAGACGGGAUUGAUUACUGGCAAAGAAUUCAAAGAAGAGAUUGCUAAGACAAAGAUGGAAGAUCUGCAGAGGUUUAAAGACAUGGAUCCUUUGGUUAGUGGAAAAGGGGCUCAACCUGUAUACCGGGAUAUACUAACAGGGCAACGAAUAUCAAAGGAAGAGUAUUUCAAGUCUAAAAAUAAGAAGAAGGAGAAGCCAAAGGAAAUAACAUUGGAAUGGGGGAAGGGUUUAACUCAAAGGCGAGAGCGUGAGGCGAGGCGUCUGGAAUUAGAAAGUGAGAAGGACAAGCCAUCUGCACGAAGCAGAGAUGAUCCUGAACUUGACAAUAUGUUGAAGGAAAGAGUUCGAUGGGGUGACCCAAUGACUCAUAUGGUUAAGAAAAAACGACGUGCGGAGCCGGUUCUUCCGGACCUGGGGGCUAGUGAGAAGAUGAAGGAAUCAGGUUUUAUGAUUCCACAAGAAAUUCCUAGCCACAGCUGGAUAAAAAAAGGAUCAGAUGUGCCGCCCAAUCGGUAUGGCAUCAAACCAGGGAGACACUGGGAUGGGGUUGAUCGUAGUAAUGGAAAGGAGAAGGACUUUUUUAAGAGGUUGAAUGAUAAACAAGCAACCGCAAAGGAAGCAUAUCGUUGGUCAGUGGCCGAUAUGUGA